UAAAUAGAUUGGAGAGAACGGAAAAGAGGGAACUGCCGCACUGGGGAGUAACAGAGCACAGAAGCAAAGAAACCCUAAUCGCCAUGGACAGGAUCAGCGACCUGCCGGAUUGCAUACUCUUACACAUCCUCUCCUUCCUCCCUACCAAAACCGCCUUCUCCACCACCGUCCUCUCUCGCCGUUGGACCCGCCUCUGCCACGACCUCCAACACUUCGAGUUCAAGUUCAACCAAAUUCCUGUUGGUAACUUGGAGGAGCUUCUCUCUCACUGCACUGCUCUUGAGACUCUUGUUCUUGACUCAGUCUGUCGAUCCGGCGAGGAGGGCCAAUUGAGUAUUUGUUUUCCUUCUUUGGAGAGUUUGCACUUCAAAUCUUAUUUGCGUGUGGCUCUUAGAUUAAUUCUUGUUAUAGACACACCAUCUCUUAAACGUCUUCAUAUCCAAGCUGAGUCAGGGUUUCGCGAGAUCCGUGUUCGCAACUUGCACAAUGUGGAGGAAGCCAGUAUCGACAUUUAUAAGCAAUCCUCUGUGCUCGAGUUUCUUGCGGAGCUUUGCAGGAUAAGGAUUUUGGAGCUGGGUUUAUCAGUGUUUGAUUGUUUGCCUGAGGCUCCUCCGCAUCGUAUUCCGGAGUUUAACUGUUUAAUAGACAAUAUAUAAUAUUGGUAUUUCAUGUUCUCAUGUUCAAGCUAUGAUUUAUGUAACUUGGUUGUUUUGCUGGCAAUUCUUUUUAAGUGU